UCCAAAACCGCCAAGGAUGGCGCAGUGCAAGGACGAUCGCUCGUUGCCUACAUCACAAAACUCAAGGUGUCAAAGUUUCACAGGCUCUACAAGAAGGCUUGGAGACAGGAGAUGUUUGCUCUCGCAAAGGCCCAACGCAUUAUCACUACUGACGAAAAGUCGCCUCGCUUUUGGGAAUUUUCGCUCGUGUUCGACCCAACAUUAAUUGUUCAACGCGCCGAGCCGUUGACUUGGAUGUGGCGAACGGCAUCCGAAUUCUUCGCUAAUCCUGCUAUCAUUCCUCACAUUGUGGGGGAAUUUGAGCGACUAAAACGAGAGCUAUAA